ACGACACAUUCAACUCCUCAUUAUCUCGCUCUCGUCUCGUUAUCGUCACAUUGACGGAUCAGCGACAGCGAGCACUAUCACGGCUCUAUAAGCGCUCAGCAGAAGCGUGCUCUUCUUGACACUCCCCCACUUCAUACCCCACCCCAAAUGUCGUCUCCAUCGAAACUAUCCGCGCUGCCGACCCAACCUCCCGGCAGUCCGAAGAAGGGCAAGGCGCCGCCCGCCGACAAGGGCGACAAGAGCGAAAAGGGCGAUAAGAAGCCGAACGCAAAGGCGGAAAAGGCAGCUCGGCGCGCGGCCAAGCUCGCUGCCCGCCCCCCUCCUCCUCCCGAAGCCCCCGCGGCGCAAGCCGGGACCUCUGGCACAGCCGGCGCGCAAGCCGGCAACCCGGCGGGGCCCUCGCGCCACCGCCGCGCCGUCGCCGCGGCAGAGGCGGCCUCUUCGCGCCCCUCCGCGCCGCCCAACCCUGCGCAGCAGUACUUCUCGCACCUCCCCGAGCACCGCGACGCCGGCACGCCGGCAGCGUUCGCAAGCGGCAAGAUCCACCCUGUGGUGGUGCGCCUGGGCGUGCUCAUUGCGUCGGGGACGCUGCGCGGGGCGUCGGCGCGCACGAUGGCGGUGCUCGAAGCCUUCCGCGAGGUGGUGCACGACUACACGUGCCCCGAGAACGCCGUGUUCUGGAAAGACUUGAACAGCCACAUCUCGCCCAUGAUUGCGUACCUCGAGACGUGCCGGCCGAAGGGCGUGGGCGUGGGCAACGCGAUCCGGUGGUUCAAGGGGGAGAUUACGCGGCUGGGCGAGACCGAGGGCGACGCGACCGAGGCCGCGCAGAAGGCGGCGCUGAGCGCCGCCAUCGACAUUUUCAUCCGCGAUCGCAUCGUGGUCGCGGGGCAAGUAAUCAGCGACAACGCGCGCGAAAAGAUCAAGCCUGACGACGUGAUCGUCGUGUAUGCGCGCUCGAGUGUCGUCGAGCGCGCCCUCCUCGACGCCAUCGCCGAGAUGCAAGCCAAAGACCGCUCCGCAAGCUAUUCCGUCGUCAUCGUCGACUCCCGCCCCCUCCUGGAAGGCCGCGCCCUCCUCGCAGCGCUCACGGCCGGCGGGAUUCCGUGCACGUACACGCUCCUCCCGCUGGCGGCGACGGCGAUUGCGCGCGCGUCCCUCGUCCUUCUCGGCGGCUCGUCGCUCAACUCGGACGGCGCGCUGCACUCGCGCGCCGGCACGGCCGUCGUUGCGAUGCUCGCGAAGGAGUACCGCGUGCCCGUGGUUGCGUGCGUCGAGACGUUCAAGCUGAGCGAGCGCGUCGCGCUCGACGACCUCGCGAACAACGAGCUCGGCGAGGCACACGACCUCCUCUCCAUCCCGACGGCGCCCGCGCUCCAGAUCCCCGAGCCCCUGCCGAAGCACCUCUCGACGCUCACCCUGCUGUACGACCUCACGCCGCCCGAGCACAUCACGGCCGUGUGUACCGAGGUCGGGUUUAUCCCGCCCAGCUCGGUGCCGACGCUGCUGGGCAAGAGCGCUAUUACGGCGUAGGUGUAUAUGUAUGGAUGGUAUGCGGGCACUCGAGCGGGGCGGGAGCUUCAGAACCAAUUGGUGUUUUGCGGUCAUAGGUAGAGGUGUGGCGCCUCGUAGCCUGCGCCCAUGGCUGCAUUCUCGUUGUCCACACCACUGCUCCGACGUCACCGCUGGUAUUCUGGUAUUCAUAUCACUGGUCAACAGG